AUGAGUAAGAAUAUGCGCGAUCUCAUCUCGGCCGAGGCCGAGUUGGAUGACGAGGAGGAUGACGAAUCCUACGGCGAGGAAGCUGUACAAGGGCGCGUGAAACGAAACGGCGCCCAUAUCGAUGACUCGAGUGAGGAGGAGGAAGACGACGAUGAUGAGGAGGAAGCCCGAAAAAUUCGUGAGGGUUUCAUUGUUGAUGAAGAUGAAGAAGAAGAAGAGGAGGAGGAGGAGGAAGAAGAAGAAGAGGGAGAAGGCGAAUUCGAUACAGAAGCACGUCCUGUAAAGAGAAAGCGCGAGCAUCGCGAUCGAGAACAAGAGGAGCGUCUGGACGAAGACGAUUUGGAACUUAUUGGAGAGCAAUUCGGAGAGCGCCCGAAACAAGAGAGUCAGUCCAAGUUCAAGCGACUCAAACGCGGUCACCGUGACGAAGACGACGCGCCUACCGAACGCCGUGGUCUCGACGAGAUAUUCUCUGAUGAAGACGAAUAUGCUGCAGAGCACCGGCCGUACGGACGACCAAACCUUCGUGCGCAAGCAGAUGAGUUCGACGACUUCAUCGAAGAAGACUUUCCCGAAGACGAUGAGGAACGGACCCGACGUUUGGAAGACUUGGAGGUGGCACGACCCCGGGAUCGCGGCGUUGGCGCCGUGGUCGACACUACAGGCCUGGACAAGGAUGCCUUGGAUGACAUGGAGGCGAUAUUCGGCAACGGCGAGGACUACGACUGGGCUCUGCAAAUGGAAGACGACGAAGAGGACCGCGAGCGCGAGGAGCAAGGCAUCGAGCUCAAGGAUGUGUUUGAACCGUCCCAGCUCAAGGAAAAACUGCUCACCGACGAGGAUAACGAAAUCCGGUUCACGGACGAGCCGGAAAGAUUUCAGCUGGAGCGCAAGGCUUUCAAAAACCUGCAACUCACCGCCGAGCAGUUCAAGGAGGAGGCUAAAUGGAUCACCAACCAGCUAUGGCCCAAGAAGGGGUUGGCUCAAGAACUGCAGGCCCCUUUUGGCAAGGCUGUCAGCAAGGUCUUGGAGUUUUUCAUUGUGGACGAGGUCGAAGUCCCGUAUGUUUUUCAACAUCGCAAAGACUAUCUGCUGCACUCCAAGAAGGUCCGCAAGUCGACUCGCGACGACCCCGACGGCCCGGACUAUACCAUUCAAUCAGAUAAACUCCUCAACCAGGACGAUCUGUGGAGGAUUCUGGAACUGGACAUCAAGUUUCGUUCUUUUGUGGACAAGAGAAAUUCCCUGGAGAAAACUUUUGACAACCUAAAAGCCGUCGAGGUGGAGGACGCGAUUGUCGAGGAAAUGAUACCCGAAGCCACGACGAUGGAGGAACUGCAAGAUUUGCAAGACUAUAUUCAGUUUCAGUAUGGUGCCAAGCUGAAGGACCUGGCUUCCAUGUCUGGCAACACGUCACAGAUGAAGCGGCCAGGAUCCAAGUCUUCUCUGCUCGACAGGGUCCGGAAUGGCAAGGCGUGCCAUUUCGUCAAAGCAUACGGCAUCUCGGCCGACCAGCUGGCCAAGAACGCGCUGCGGCAGGGCAAGAAGAUUACACCGGAUGACGACCUGCAAUAUCCCAUGGACCUGGCGGAUAGCUUAAUCGACGACAGCUUCAACACUGGCGACCAAGUCAUCUCUGCUUCUCGACAACUGUACUCGGAAGAGCUGUUUGCGAGUCCUCGCAUGCGCAAGUAUUUCCGGAGCUCAUACUACCAAGCCGCGGAGCUUAGCUGCCGGCGGACUGAAAAGGGCCUCCGCAAGAUUGACGAGUCGCAUCCAUAUUACGAGAUCAAGUAUCUUCAGAACCAGGCCAUUGCCGAUUUAGUUCAUCAACCGGAGCUGUUCCUCAAGAUGAUGCGUGCGGAAGAGGAGGGCCUGGUGGACAUCAAGCUGGGCAUGCCUCCUCGGUACGACUUUCGGCGACAAUUGUACCAGGAGUUCGAGUCGGAGAACUUUAGCGAUCGCGCCGAGCAGUGGCGAGAAGAGCGCAAGAAGGUGCUGGAUCUGGCUUACCCGAAGCUGGAAAAGGUAAUUGUCAAGAACGUCAAGGAGGUCAUUCGGACCUUUUGCCAGGACGAGGUGUUGAAAAUGUGCCGGCAAGAGUUCUACCGCAAGCUGGACCAGGCUCCCUACAAACCCAAGGGCAUGAUUCUCGGCACAACGCCCCGAGUCUUGGCUCUGUCAAACGGCAUGGGCGAUCCCGCCCGGGAGCCGGUCUGCUGGACGUGGGUCGAGGAAGAUGGUCGAGUGCUCGAACAGGGCAAGUUCGACAACCUGUUGCGAGACGAAGCCCAGAGAGAGGGAUUUGCAGAGCUCGUCCGGCGACGCCGACCCGACGUCAUCGCCGUGAGCGGGUGGAGCGCCGAAACGCACAAGCUGGUGCGAGAUCUGGAAGCCUUGGUCAGUGACAAGGAUCUCCGCGGCGCCGAGUUUGACGACGCCGAGACCAACGACUACAGGACAGAGCCUCUCGAGGUGGUCAUUGUGGAUGACGAGGUUGCGCGCCUGUACAAGGACAGCCCUCGCGCCACGGCUGAGCAUCCGUCGCUGAACCCCGUUAGCAGAUACUGCAUCGGCUUGGCCCGCUACAUGCAGAACCCGAUGAAGGAGUACGCCGCCCUGGGCAGGGACAUAUCAUCCAUCUCGUUCCACCCGUGCCAACACCUCUUGCCGCAAGACAAGCUGACGAAGUAUCUCGAGUCCGCCAUGGUCGACACAGUCAACAUGGUGGGUCUGAACAUUAACGAUGCGAUGACCGACGCGUAUACGGCCAACCUACUCCCAUACGUUGCUGGUCUAGGUCCUCGAAAGGCCACGAGCGUCAUCAAGGCCAUCAACGCCAACGGCGGCUCGGUCAACACCAGGGAUGAGCUGGUGGGCGACCCUGACAGCGGGAAGCUUCCCGUCGUCGGGCCCCGCGUCUGGAACAACUGCGCCAGUUUCCUGUACAUUGACUACGACGCCACCAAUCCCUCGUCGGACCCGCUCGACAACACUCGCGUGCACCCCGAGGACUACGAGCUGGGCCGCAAAAUGGCCGCCGACGCCCUGGAGCUGGACGAGGAAGACGUCAAGGCCGAGACCGACGAGAACGGGCCCGGCGCAAUCGUCCGAAAACUCUUCAAGCAAGACGAGCAGGAGCGCGUCAACGAGCUCGUCCUGGACGAGUACGCCGACCAGUUGCUGACCAACUUUAGCCAGCGCAAGCGCGCCACGCUCGAGGCCAUCAGCGCAGAACUGCAGGCUCCCUACGAGGAGCUGCGCCGGAGCUUUGCGCCGUUGAGCCCGUCGGACAUUUUCACCAUGUUCACGGGCGAGACAAAGUCGUCGCUCUGCGAAGGAAUGAUUGUGCCGGUCAACGUGCGCAUGGUGCGGGACAACUUUGCCGUGGCCAAGCUGGACUGCGGCAUCGAAGGCAGGGUCGAGGCGCACGAGGUCACGAGCAGGGCCUCCGUCAAGGACGUGCUGAGCACGGGGCAGACGGUGCAGGCCAAGAUCCUCGAGCUGCAGUACAAGGACUUUAUGGCCAAGCUGUCGAUGAGGGAGGAGGCCCUGCGGAUACCUUUCAAGCGGCCCGUCAACUACGGACGCGACGGCUGGGACUACAGCCUCGAGGCCGCUGACAAGGAGGAGCUUCGCGAGAAGGACCAGACGACGGGCAGGACGCAGCGGGUGGUCAAGCACCCCAACUUCAAGCCCUUCAACUCGAUCCAGGCGGAGGAGUACCUGGGGUCGCAGCCGCCCGGCGAGGUGAUUAUCCGGCCGUCGUCCAAGGGUAACGACCACCUGGCGAUUACGUGGAAGGUGGCCGACAAUGUGUACCAGCACGUCGACGUGCUCGAGAUGCAGAAGGAGACGGAGUUUUCGGUGGGCAAGCUGCUGCGCAUCGGGGGCAAGUACACGUACAGCGACCUGGACGAGUUGAUUGUGGACCACGUCAAGGCCAUGGCGCGCAAGGUGGAGGAGCUGAUGCGCCACGACAAGUACCAGAGCCGGUCGCGAUCCGAAACAGAGAAAUGGCUCACGACGUACAUUGACGCCAACCCGAAUCGGUCGGCCUACGCCUUUUGCAUCGACCAGAAGCACCCGGGAUACUUUUGGCUCUGCUUCAAGGCGAGUCGAGCGGCCCGGGUGAUAGGACUGCCCGUGCGCGCCAUCCCGCAGGGCUACGAGCUAAAGGGGUACCAGUACCCGGACAUGCGUGCUCUCUGCAACGGCUUCAAGCUGCGAUAUCAGAACGAGUUUUCCAAAAUGGGGAGCAGGUGA